AUGGAGGCUAAACGAGAAAGAAAUUCAUCUCAUCUUCGGAGGGCUCUGUUCAUUCUAUCUUUGAUCACUUUCACGAGCUUAGUCUCUGCAACUUCUUCUUCAUCGGAGAAAGUUACUCUGGAGCUGUACUAUGAGACCCUUUGUCCUUACUGUGCCAACCUGAUCGUUAAUUAUCUUUACAAGAUAUUUGAUACCGGAAUUAUUGAUAUCACCAAUCUCAAGCUCAUCCCUUACGGCAACGCCAAAAUCAAACCGCCCAAUUCCACCAUCGUUUGUCAGCAUGGCCCUGAUGAAUGUUUGCUGAACACUAUAGAGGCAUGUGCAAUUGAUACCUGGCCUGAUGUGAAUGAACAUUUUCCUUUUGUCUACUGCGUUGAAAGUCUAAUCUAUGAGGGCAAGAGAACUGAAUGGGAAACGUGCUUUGAGAAAUUAGGCUUGGAUCCAAAGCCUGUUAAUGAUUGCUAUAAAAAUGGUCGUGGAAAAGAGGUGAUUUAUUUUGCUGUUUUUGGUGCUUUCAUUCUGGCGGUGAAGUAUCUUCUUUGUGAAGUUCAUGUAAUAUUUUUCAACUGUACAGACUGCAAACUUUUAAAAGAAAUUUGACCCCUUAAUCACAACAAGUGUGUUGCAUAUGUAGGAUGCUAUUUUACUGAAUGAAAAUUGCAUUGAAUAUUACAACUAACUUUUAUCCCAGUGCGUGUGGCUUUUGGCUAUUAGUAUCAGUUCUUUAUCUGGACAUUUGGCCUCAAAUAUGUAACUUCAGAUACUAAGCAGCUACUUUUGAUAUUUUAGUGUCUGCAUACCGAAGACAUUAGAGCCCUUUUUGUUAUCUGAUAUCUGGUCCAUGAACUAUAAUUUUCAGUUUAUUCGUUCCUUCUUGCUGUAAAUGGUUCACAUAUUUUGCUGACACAUGUCGAACUUGCGCAGCUUGAACUUCGAUUUGCAGAUGUAACAAAUGGCCUGCAACCUCCUCAUAAGUAUGUGCCAUGGGUAGUUGUUAAUGGACAACCACUUUAUGAUGUAAGUUUCUGUUACUUGGGUGUCCAUGAUCCAUAUAUGGUCUUUAAUCUGUUAAGACAGUGAGUUAUCUCCUCAUGCUGCUUACGAUUUCUCUAAUAGUUCAAAACUAUAAAAGAUGUAGCUGGUAGUAAAUUGAUGGAGAGUAAGUCCAGAGCAAUAAUUUCUGGAAUUCCCAUGUAAUAUGAAGUUCUAAGAGUAAUAAUAGCGAGCACAAAAAAGGCCCCUAGAUAUGUAUAGGAGAAACCUAAUAGUAGUUUUGAUCAACGAAACAUUCAGAAUAAAGUUUCCUCACAUAAUCUGUGAACUGCAGGAAUACAGAGACUUCUUGACCUACAUCUGUGACGCAUACCAGGGAACUCCAGUUCCGCCUGCUUGCAGUGAAUAUUCUGCUGCUCACCCAAAGAAGGGACGCAUGAACAAGUUGAACCCAGUCUGCUAUGCAGGGGCAACGAUCAAGUCAAUCUUGUCCGUCGUAAAAUCAGCUGUUUCAUUUUGGAUUCCAGGAGUUACCGAUGCAGCUCUGUGAUAAAUCUACAGCCAUCCACUACACGCCAAAGUGUUACUGUUUAGCAAAAGUGGAAGAUCUUUGAAUCAGAAGCUGAAAGAACUGGUUGAUUUAUACUGUACACUGUAAAGUAUGGAGAUGUAUUAGAUGUAUGAGCAAACAUUCUGCAAAUUGAAAUACAUUAAUGUUUGACAAAAAUUGAUGUUUUCAAUUCUCUCGUGUGGUUUGGAAGAAAAUGCAGCAGUUUGUUUUUGGAGGCUGCAGAUCAGUAGAUGUUUGAUGUGUUAGAUAUAUGAGAAAACCUUCUGCAUAUUGAAAUACAUUAACGUUGUACAAAUGGUGGUUGUUCUUAACUCUCUCUUGCUUGAUUUGGAAGAAAACGCGGCAGUUUAUUUUUUGAGGCUGCUGAUCAGUAGAGGUUUGAUGGCAUCUUUCUGAACAUUACUUGAACAAAACCCACUCAAUGGUACUCUUCACUUCUAUAUCAAACCAAAAUUGAUAGCAGAACUGCAGAAGUACAGGUCUACAGGACAUAAUAAGUAGACUGUGAAAUAAUGAAUUUCCAAAAAAAACUAUUUUAUAUUAAAAAUAGAGACUUAAUUAAACAAACC